AUGCUUGGGUUUCGAGAUUCGGAUCACGCUUCACCAUGGUCUGUCUCAAAGACGUCAGCGAAUUCCACUGUCACCCAGACUACUGCUUUACAGUCGAUCAAAAAUGGGACAGAUCCUCUUGUUCCUGGAGCAGUAUGUGUGCUAAAGGAUCAUAGACAAGAUGUAUGUGGGUUAAAGUGGUCUCCGGACAGUCAGUAUUUAGCAUCAGGAGGUAAUGACAAUCGUCUACUCUUUUGGAGGCAACGUGCACCACCUACUGGUGGCCCUGUAUUAACUUACGAAGAGCACGUGACCUCUGUCAAAGCAAUUUCACGGUCGCCUCAUCAACAUGGAUUACUCGCAGGUGGAGGUGGUACAGCUGGUCGUUGUAUCAGAUUUUGA